GUGGCAGUUUUAAAUGUAGUUAUUUACAUAUAUGUGCCGCUUACCCUGAACACGAAGUAGUCCUUGACUUUCGCUUGCAUCGUGGGGUUGUGCACAUGAAAAGGCGUGAGCGUUUGUAACGGGGGGCAGCAGGCCACGGAAGCUGCGUGUCCGAAGCCCCGUCCGGCGGCCUCCGGAGGCGUGAAGGCGACCUCGACCCCCUCCUCGGUCUCUGCGGGGAGGAGAACCGCAGCACCCGGGCUCUCCGGAUCCAUCGUGUCGUUCAGCUGGAGCAUGGCGGAGGAGACAAUUUUGGCGGAAUUUUCCUGACGACUAACAACGAAUUUCACAUUAGAAAAUGGAUUUCAGAGGACGCGGACUCUCCCAUAGCGCACGAAUGUUUUGAUAGUCGGGGGUGAGAAGGAAGCAGUUCCGGCUGGCUUCCCGUUUCAUUUCCUUCCUCUUAAAGGGACAUUCAUCCAGCUCACUGUGGAUAAACGACUUAUUUAAAGUUUUUCAUAAUGUUUUUCACGAACAUUAUGUGCAUUCCAUGUAUAUCAUUAUCAUCAUCCACGUUCAAUAAGUUCAGUGGUAAAAAUAUAUAUAUAUUCACCAUUAUUUCAGAUAAAAUUCUAGGUCCAUUCUAAAGAUAACACGUAAACAUCACUGUCCCAGCAAAAGAAACUGUCACAAAGUACAUAUAUGGCUAAUGAUGUACAUGUUUCCUUGUAUAAUACCGAUUCGUUUUAUAAUUAUGAAUUAGUGUCUUAAAAACGUGUUCUUAUUGAUGAAAAGAAAUUUGAAUUAUAUCGCAAAUUAUCAGUACAGCUGAAACAAAUGUUACGUAAAAAAGGGGAAAAAAAUACUUUUUUCAUCAGUUUGUAUUAGAGUAAAUGCGAUGAAAAAAAUAGUUGUUGUUCUUAGCAAACAAAAACAACCUUAACAUUAUUAACGUGCAAUAAUUAAAAGAAGCCACCUUUUAAAUGAGCUAAUGCAGGCGAAAAAAUAAAAUAAAAAUCACAUCAGCUGGACAAAAGGCCAUGACAAACAGCUCCCUCUAGUGGAGGGUUUUGAUAACUGAUACUGCUUUUUUUCUUCACGUGUUGUUUUUUGAGGAAGCACAUAAGAAAAAUACUUUGUUAUCAGCAGUUUAUCACAUGUCUGAUGCUGCUAUCUGGUAAGUGUUGGUUGAUCAGUCUGAGACCAAAUAAGAGCUUAUCAUUUAUACUACUGUUAUUGAGGAAGCACAGAGAGAAAAUAGUCCUUAUCACUCAUCUAUCCACUCAUGGCACGAUACUGGAUUAUAACAUGAUAAAAUCACAAUGUUUGGGGUGGAUUUUUGUUGUUGUUAUUAAUCACACAUUAAAACAUAAACCUAAUUAUUUAUCUGGAACUAUUCCAAAGAACUUGUUCUGAUGUCAGCACUGGUCGACUAUUUCCUGCAUGAGAGUUUAAUAUAAACUUGUGCAGAUAACUGUAUAACAAAGUCCAUCUUGGUCAGCACGUGUGGCAUUGUAUAUAUUUUUUUAAUCGUUAAUACCUAAACUGUUCAUGAGUUGAGGAAUCUAGAUGCUUUAUACCAGUUUAUACCACUGAAGUUUAUAGAUGUUCAAAUCCAGUGUCUUGAAAACUUAUUAAAACAAUAUUUAAAAAUUGAUUUAUCCAGGAAGCCAUUGCAGUAACAAAAGGAGUUAUAAGAUUUGAUAAAUUUCUAGUUAGUGUUGGUCAGGACUCUUGGAACAGCAAUACAGAGGAGUUGAGCUCCCUGCUAGAUUUUUCUACACACAGCUGUAAAAACACAUUCCCUGUGAUCAAUUAUUUCUAUUGACAUAUCUCGUUUUAACAUUUAACAAAAAUCAGGAAGAUCACCUUUGUUGAACUGUACAGUGGAAAGAAAUACACAUUAAUGUUGGCAUAACAGAGAAUUGAAGCAAUGAAAAUAUUUUGAUGUCAAUGUUUCUUUGCAGAUAAAAAAUAUAGUUAUAUUUUUUUCUUCGAUUGAUAGAACAGGAAUUCUCCCAGGUGUGAAUGUGUGUGUGGAUGGUUGUUCGUCCUGUCUGUCUCUGUGUAGCCUUGUGACAGACUGGUGACCUGUCCAGGGUGAACCCGACUCUCGUCUCACUGGAGAUAGGCACCAUGCAGCACCCCUCCUGACCCCACUAGGGACAAGGAAUAGAUGGAUAAAUUUCAGAUAAAAGUGUAACCGGUAUAAAAUAUAUAAGGAACAUGAUUAUUAUAACAAAGUAUUUUGAGUAUUGUUUUUAACUUUACAUGGCAAAUUUUCAAGUCUUAUCACCUGCACGUUUUUCUAAAUAAAUAAAAAAAAAAAAUGUUAAUCAUUACCCACUGAUAAUAAAUGGGAUAUUUAAGGUUUUGGUUGCCACACAACCCACAGACCUGACCCAAGGAGACUGAAACUAAAAAUGGAGAGGACAACAUUUUUUCAUGCAUUGCUUCUAAUCUGCUGUCUCUCCACAGCUCAGCUCCAAGCUGUGGCCGACAAUGAAAUUAUUUCACAUUUAAGGCAAACUGAAGAUGCAGUGAAUCUCUCAGACAAUCAACAAACUUGUACACAGGACAUCCAUGCAGUGCUGAGAGAGAUGAGCGCCUCAUUGGCAGGACUGAAGGUUGGUAUGGAGUAUCUACAGAAAGAUAAUGAAGCCAAGACAGAAGAACUGCACUUGUUAAAACAACAAUACCAAGAGCAAGUGACAAAAGUAAGAGAUCUUGAGCAGCAGUACCAAGCUCAGCUAGGAGAACUGAACAGCGUUAAAGCCAGGACAAACAACACUGAAAACCAAGUGGAGGUUCUGAAGAGAGAAAGAAAAGUGAAACAAGUGGCUUUCUCAGCUUCCUUGCUGGCAUCAGGUGGUGGACAUAUUGGACCAUUUAACACACAGACACCUCUAGUCUUCAGACAUGUUGUUGCAAAUAUUGGAAAUGCCUACAACCCAAACACAGGUUUUUUCAUUGCCCCCGUGAGAGGAGCCUAUCACUUUGAGUUCCACUUACAUGGAGGUGGACAUGCAUCAUAUGGGACAGGUGCCGUGCUGGUCAAGAAUGGGAAUCCUAUUUUCAUUGCAUAUGAACAUCAGCCUUCCUACUCUGUUGACCCAUCUAAUGGUGCCACAUUGCUGUUAGAAACUGGAGAUGUUGUGUUUUUGCGUCAGUGGCAAAACACAAGGAUUUAUGAUGACCAAAAUCAUCAUACCACCUUCAGUGGUCACUUGCUUUUCACUGUGUGAGCAGAAAGCAGUCCUAAUUUUAUUUCUGCCUCAGAAGUGCAUCAUAAUAUAUAUAUGAUUUUUUAUAACUGCAUUGAAUAAUUUUUAUUGUGUUUCAUUUUGCCAUAAAUUUCCACAAUAAUUUACCAGCCACAAUGGUUCUAA